GACUAUUUUAUCCUUAUCUGAUGCAAAGUACAAUUACAAUUUAGGAAUCCUAACCUUUCUUAAUGUGUUGUAUUAGAUGACACUUGAUCUUAAUCGUGUAUUGUUUCAUUAAAAUAGGAAAAAAAAAGGCUUCCGAUACAGGACAAGUACAAUGAAUGUUCAAAUAAGAUACCCUUACGAGGGUUUAUUACAUAAAUACACAAACGCGAUGAAAGGGUGGCAGUAUCGUUGGUUUAUUCUUAGUCCUGAAACCGGUGAAUUACAUUAUUUUCUUAGUGAAUCCGAGAAAAACCAACGACCACGUUGUUCCAUAUAUUUAGCUGGUGCAGUUAUAGCACCUAGCGACGAAGAUUCUAAUACUUUUACUGUUAAUUCUGCAACAGGAGAUAUGAUCAAAUUAAGAGCUACCGAUGCUCGAGCUAGACAGGAAUGGGUGGACAAAUUGCGAGCAGUUACAGAAAUGUAUACAAGAGCAAUAGCUAGUAGUCAUCCUCCAUUACCACCCAGAGAACAUUCCACAAACACCAGCAGAAAUCCUGUUGCCAAAUUAGAAGUCCUCGAUGCCUUUGCUAAUUGCCAGGAGCAAUUAAGAAAAGUGGAAAAACAUAAUGUUGCAUUGGCACAAUCAAUUGAAAAUUCAAAUAUGAACUUAGAUCCAGAUUUAUUAGUUCUUAAAGCUAUGGCUCAUACAACGUUACAUACGUUAAAUCAAUGCCUUAAUAUAUUAUACCAAUGAAAGA